GUCUUCCCGCUGCAACCCGAAGAAAAAAAAAAGGAAACCCAGCCAUGCCUUGAGAAACCGGUGAGAUAAGCUUGGUUUUGGCCUUCUUUUCUUGCUCUAAAACAUAGAUUGGAACCCAGAAAUUCUCCCCCCUGCAGGAGUUCCCGGAUCUGCUCUGUUCUUCCUUCCCUGUCCGCCGGCUGCUCUUGCUUGUGGGUGUGAUUUUCAGUCUUUCUUGAAUUUUCCUUCCAUGCCGCCGGCUCUUCCCCAAAUUGCAGCUCCGGCCUUGCUUGCUGGAUUCUGGAAUAGCAUUGUGAUUAGGAAUGAUCCUAAUGAUGAUUUCAGCUUGAAUGUGUGAUAGUCCGGUAUUAAUUCUGAGGUGUUUUGAUUAGGUUCCCGAUCGUUCUGUCAGUUAGCAUUGAGAUUGAGUGCUCGGUUUUAUGCGAGUGAGGUAAGUAAUUUAUGGUAAUGCCUGUACUGUUUUUAAAAGCAUGUUUUGAUUUGUUUUUGAAGUGGUGGCGGGACUAAACCCGUUUUACAUGAGCAUGACUGAUUUGAAGUGAAAUGUCUUAUGCUUUUCAUUAAAUUGAGCAUGCCUACUUGGAAUUUAAUUGAUUGUCCCGAUGAUUUGAAAGUGAUUAGUGAAUUAUGAAUUUUCUGUUAACUUCUGCCUGUUUUGUCUCCGAUACGGUCAUGUUAUUCUGUUGCCCGCUAGUGGGAGGUCA